AUUAAUAAAAAAUCAAUUUAUCUAUCUUUUGUUAAUUUUUGUCUGGCGGUUGCGAUGAUUAUGAUUUGUGUCCUUGGCAGAGUAUGCAUUGUUUUGUUUCACUUGUCCUUAAUUUGCUGAAAUAGAUAAGCCACGGCUCUGGUGAUCAUCAAAAAUAAAAAGGUGCAACUUCCAUAUCUAUUAACUCUUCCAAAUUUCUCUAAAGAUCUAUUGAUUUUUACCCCUUGUCUCCACAUCACCAAUUAAUCAGAGUAAUAGAGAUGGCUGAUUGGGGACCAGUUGUAAUAGCAGUAGUUCUGUUUGUGCUAUUGAGCCCUGGGCUUCUGUUCCAACUCCCAGGAAAUAACCGAGUAGUAGAAUUUGCCAACUUCCAGACAAGUGGACUCUCCAUUUUCAUACAUACUCUUCUCUUCUUUGGCCUUAUUACCAUAUUCCUUAUUGCCAUUGGUGUCCAUAUUUACACCGGCUAGCUACAAUUUGUUAACUUCUUUCAAUCAGCGUUUGUGAGCCAGCACUUUCAAUCAAUUGCUUUGCUGUGGAUUAGGCUUGUUCUGGAUCUUACUGCAAGCCCAUUUAAGUGUUCUGUUUUUUUUUCUGAUCGAAUUUUACAGCAUCUAGCUCAAGUUUCUGUAUUCAUUUAUAUGGGUGACGCUGUACUCUGAUACUCUUUAAUACUACUACUUCAAUAGUUUGUGUUUGAUUUUGUUGACUAUUACAAUUCAUAUGUUCUGCACGUUGUUUACCAAAACAUACUCGUUGAAGGUUAGCAAGAAAACAUAGAGAUCAUGGCACUUGAAAAAUCUACCAGUCAAUUAGAGUAAACAAGAUAGUAGAGACAGGUUCCAGGAUUCAAGUU